CGGAGUUCGGGCUGUGAUUAUGAAGCGCUCCGCAAUGGCUGCGCGAACUGACCCUCAGCUCCGCUACUAUGCACCUCAGUAGGACGGCGGAGAGAAGAGCACAGCCGGACCAGUCUCAAAAUGAGCACCGGAUUCAGCUCGAGUUCCUGCCGGUUCGCGGAUUACUUUGUUAUCUGCGGACUGGACACGGACAGCGGGUUGGAGCCAGACGAGCUCUCCGCUUUAUGCCAGUAUAUACAGGCUACUAAAUUCAGAGAUGGUGCCAGAGGAAAGUUGGCGAUGGCACAUGAAGGUGAAAAUUUUGAGCAGAGUCCACUGCGGAGAACUUUUAAAUCCAAAGUUCUAGCGCAUUACCCUGAGAAUGUGGAGUGGAGUCCAUUUGACCAGGAUGCAGUGGGCAUGCUCUGCAUGCCCAAAGGCCUGUCUUUCCGCACACAGGCAGACUCACGCGAGCCUCAGUUCCACUCCUUCAUCAUUACACGUGAGGAUGGCUCACGCACCUACGGCUUUGCCCUCACUUUCUUUGAGGAGGUGACCAGCAAGCAGAUCUGCAGUGCCAUGCAGACGCUCUACCACAUGCACAAUGCCGAGCAGUACGACAUCCUGCACACGCCAGGCACUGAGGAGGCCCGGCCGUCUUCUGGCGCCCAGCUGCACGCCGCUCCCUCCAUCUCGCGGCUGCAGCGGUUCAACUCCUACGACAUCAGCCGCGACACGCUGUACGUGUCCAAGUGCAUCUGCCUGAUCACGCCGAUGGCCUUUGCGCAGGCCUGCCGUAAGGUUCUGGAGCAACUGCACCGGGCUGUUACCUCACCGCAACCGCCACCGCUGCCACUGGAGAGCUACGUCUACAAUGUCCUGUACGAGGUGCCGCUGCCUCCUGCUGGCCGCUCGCUCAAGUUCUCGGGCGUUUACGGGCCUGUGGUGUGCCAGAGGCCCAGCACCUCUGAGCUGCCCCUCUUUGACUUCCCCAUGCGCAAGAUGUUUGAGCUGCUGGGUGUGGAGAACGUGCUACAGCUGUUCACCUGCGCUCUGCUGGAGAUCCAGAUCCUGCUGUACUCUCAGCAUUACCAGCGGCUGAUGACCGUGGCAGAGAGCAUCACGGCCUUAAUGUUCCCGUUCCAGUGGCAGCAUGUCUAUGUGCCCAUCCUGCCUGCCUCGCUGCUGCACUUCCUGGAUGCGCCUGUGCCCUACCUCAUGGGCCUUCACUCCAAUGGCCAGGACGACCGCACCAAACUGGAGCUGCCUCAGGAGGCCAAUCUGUGCUUCGUCGACAUUGACAACCACUUCAUUGAGCUUCCUGAAGACUUGCCCCAGUUCCCCAACAAGCUGGAAUUCAUCCAGGAGAUCUCGGAGGUUCUGAUGUCAUUUGGGGUGUCUCCAGAGGGAAAUGUGCACUGCACCGAGGGUCCUGCCAAAAUCAAAGGGUUUCGGUCAGCCGACAUGGUCUCCGACAAGCGCAACGGCAACCUGGCCAGCUCCCCCCUGAACUCUUACCUGCUUAGAGAGAACCAGACCAUCGCCCGUCUGCAGGCCCUUGUGAAGAGGACCGGAGUGAGCCUGGAGAAGCUGGAUGUGAAGGAGAAUGCAAGCAGUAAUAAGGAUCUGAAGAUGCAGUGCGAUGAGGAAGAGCUGAAGAUGCACCAGCUGAACAUUCAAGUCCGGGAGGUCUUUGCUAACCGCUUCACACAGAUGUUUGCCGACUAUGAGGUCUUUGUCAUCCAACCCAGCCAGGACAAAGAGUCAUGGUUCAGCAACCGUGACCAGAUGCAGAACUUUGACAAGGCCUCCUUCCUGUCUGAUCAGCCGGAGCCAUACCUGCCCUUCCUCUCCCGUUUCCUAGAGACGCAGAUGUUCGCCUCCUUCAUCGACAGCAAGAUCUUGUACCACGACGACGAGGACAAAGAGCACACACUACGAGUGUUUGACGCCCGGGUAGACAAGAUCCGGCUACUGAACGUCAGAACACCAACACUGCGCACCUCCAUGUACCAGAAGUGCACCAACAUUGAUGAAGCAGAGAAGGCCAUCGAGAUGCGGCUGACAAAGAUCGACCACACAGCCCUCCACCCACACCUGCUGGACAUGAAGAUCGGCCAGGGCCGCUACGAGCAGGGCUUCUUCCCCCGCCUGCAGUCUGAUGUGCUCUCCAGUGGACCCACCAGCAACAAAUGGGCCAAACGGAGCGCUCCUGCACAGUGGAGACGGAAGGACAGACAGAAACAACAUGCUGAGCACCUCUAUUUGGACAAUGAUCAGAGAGAGCAUCUGGAGUGUCUGUUUCCUGAGCUCCAGCUGCUGGUGGCUCUGGACUACUACUGGUUCUCGCAGUCCUUCAGACCAUGUAUAAAGUCUGUCAAGGUGGACGCGAAGUACAUCCAGGAGGCCAGGAACUUGGGCACCACCAUCCGCCAGCCCAAGCUUUCCAACCUGUCCCCCUCCGUUAUCGCCCAGACCAACUGGAAGUUUGUGGAGGGCCUACUGAAGGAGUGCAGGAAUAAGACCAAGCGCAUGCUGGUGGAGAAGAUGGGCAGGGAGGCGGUAGAGCUGGGCCAUGGGGAGGUCAGCAUCACCGGCGUGGAGGAGAACACACUCAUCGCCAGCCUCUGUGACCUACUGGAGAGAAUCUGGAGCCAUGGUCUGCAGGUCAAACAGGGAAAAUCAGCCUUGUGGUCGCACUUGCUACAUUAUCAGGAGAGCAAAGAGAAGAGGGAUGCCACACCAGCUAGCUUGGGCCCUCCUGGUAUCAUCCAUGACACAGAGAGGCGGAAGUCAGACGCAGGCUGCGCUAUGCCCCCUCUCAAAAUCUCCCUCAUCCAGGACAUGAGGCACAUUCAGAACAUUAGUGAGAUUAAGACAGACGUGGGGAAGGCCAGGGCCUGGGUGCGACUCUCCAUGGAGAAGAAAUUGCUGUCCAGACACCUCAAGCAGCUCCUGUCUGACCAUGAGCUCACCAAGAAGCUCUAUAAGCGCUACGCUUUUCUGCGCUGCGAUGACGAGAAGGAGCAGUUUCUCUAUCACCUCCUUUCUUUCAACGCCGUCGACUACUUCUGUUUUACCAACGUCUUCACCACAAUCAUGAUUCCAUACCAUGUAGUGAUCAUACCCAGUAAGAAGCUGGGUGGCUCCAUGUUCACAGCCAACCCCUGGGUCUGCGUCUCCGGAGAACUGGCUGAGACUGGAGUUCUCCAAGUGCCUAAGAACACUUUGGAGAUUACUUUUGAAUGCCAGAACCUGGGCAAGUUGACCACAGUGCAGAUGGGCCACGAUAACUCAGGACUGUAUGCCAAGUGGCUGGUGGAGUGCGUCAUGGUCCGUAAUGGGAUCACAGGACACACUUACAAGUUCCCAUGCGGCCGCUGGCUGGGAAAAGGGGUGGACGAUGGCAGUUUAGAGAGGAUUCUGGUGGGUGAGCUGGUGACUGCUAGCACGGAGAAUGAGGACAGAAUGUGCCGGACUCCCCCCAUGCAGCAAUCCCCUGGGAUGAUGCGGCGAUUUGUCACCAUCUCACCAAACAGCAAACCAAAGCUGAACACAGGUCAGAUCCAGGAGGGAGUAGGGGAGGCAAUCAAUGGCAUUGUAAAACACUUCCAUAAGCCAGAGAAGGAGAGGGGUAGUCUGACUCUGCUGCUAUGCGGAGAGUAUGGUCUGGUGUGGGCUUUGGAGCAGGUGUUCCAGCACGGCUUUAAGUCACCACGCCUCUUCAAGAAUGUCUUCAUUUGGGAUUUUCUGGAAAAAGCGCAGGUUUACUUUGAGAGUGCUGAGCAGAGUCAGGUGACUCAGGAUGAGAACUAUCAGACGAGGGUGCGCCAUUUCUGCCGCUUCAUGCGUGCCAUCAGCAGCACACCCAGAAAUAUUGGAAAAGAUGGAAAGUUCCAGAUGCUUGUGUGUCUUGGAGCUAGAGAUCACCUGCUGCAUCACUGGAUAGCCCUACUGGCUGACUGUCCAAUCACAGCACAGAUGUAUGAGGACACAGCACUACUAAAAGACCAUUCUUUGGUAAACUCUUUGAUCAGAGUUUUACAGACUUUGCAAGAAUUCAACAUUACUCUGGAGGCCUCUCUAGUCAAAGGGAUCGGAAUAUAAAACCUCCCCCUCCCCCUCGGAAGAAGACGAAGGACCUAACCCAGGCAGAUCAGCGGGGACCAUGGACUAUUUCGCUUUUUUACAUGGAGAGACUUGAACAAAAGGACUAAACCUGGCUUACAUUAAAGCUACUGUCAUGUUUGCCAUAUAUUAAGUGCAAUGAGCCUUUUCAAAAUGUGUCAUUAUUUUUAUCCUUGACAAUGUUGCUGUUAGACAUUUAAGAUAUGUUUUGUAUUAUGAUCCAUACUUUUCACAAGAGGUUAAAAAAAACACCCACCUGUGCUAUACCGUUUUAUUGAAAGCUCAAUAUUUUCAUUGUUAUUGUGAACUGCUGACAAUGGCUAUAUUUAAAAGGAGAACACGGAAGAAAAACUGGUAAUAUAUUUUCAAAGAAGAACAGUAUUAUUUUGAUAUGUUUGUCAAGUUGCUUGCUCUGUGGUCUAUCUAAUCCAUACUGUCACAAUGCAGAGUUUAAAGCAAAUGAUGUAGAAGUAUGCUUUAUAAGUAUAACUCAUGGGAACUUCAUGUUUUAAUUUUAAAAAAAGCAAGAAAUAAGCUCUUGUUUUUAAAGCAUUGGCAGGGGACUUUGUCAUUCCCCAAAAGUAGUAUGCAAAUCUCCAUUAGCACAUAUUGAGGUUAGAAUAUAAUCCACUAGAAUGGAUGAUAGGUCUCGUAAAAUGAUGCACAAAUGUAUUUUAUGAAUGAGAAAGGGAGAAAAAAAACAUUGACAUUUCUCUCUAUAACCGUUUUAAACGACUUUGCAUUAUCGCCCACUCAUUUUUACAGCCAGAAUUGUUUUUCAUGAAUCCCCAUGAAUACCUCUAAACAAUUUAUUCCUCUCAGCUUAGAAGCAACGCUACAUUCCUCGUCUGUUUUAUCCCUCAGGUCUGCACACUGGCCUUUGCUGAUAGCCCAGGAACAUUAUAUAGCAACACUGAGUGUUUGUUGGCCUCCAUGAAACCCCUUAAUCAACUCAUCUGUUUCUGCUAUGCAAUCUCCAAAAACCCACCACUUACUUAGAUUUAGAAUAUACUGAUUAAACAGAGAUUUUCCAACUGUUCUAAAGUGUAGCAUAUAUUUUAGUCUGGAUGACAGGUCUCAUUAGAGGUUGUCAUUCAUGUGCCAAUAUCAUUCAGAUUUGUGGUAGCCUACGCCACCACUCUAGACACAGUUGGCAUGAGCAUUGUUUGUUUCUUGAUACAUUUAUAGACAGAACUGUGUAAUGUAGUGUUAAAUAAGUGAGCAACAGUGUACAGUGUAUAAAAUGUAUUAAAAGUGAUAAUUCCA